CUAGUUUGAAACUGUCAAGUGGCUGCUAGGGAAGCCGCUGUGCUUGCAGUGGUUGUGGCGGUGACGCCGGCUGUCGCGGCGAGUCGGGAGUCGAAGUUUGGCGGAGACGGUGACUACCGGUGGCGGGACCCAGGCCGGUUCCUACCAGUCAGUUUUGGGGGCAUUGUCCCUGGAGGUGCCCAGAAAGAGGACACAAGUGAUGCAAACUAAUUGAAUGCAUCCAUGGCCGAGGGACCGGGACAUACUGAGGGCUGACUGCUGUGUGCCCACAGCUGUUCCCAGUGCUUCAAAGUCAACCUCAUGCUCACACAGCUGGCACUGAACUCGCCGACCUUCCUCCCAGUCUCACUGGCCCACAGUCCUUGCUUCGUAUUUGUACAGAAUGUCGUCUGAUGAGGACAAGUGUUCACUUCAUGUUGCUCACAAUGACUCUGAUCGUUCAGUCUCCACAGACCUUCAGGAGGAAUAUGAAGAACUGCUUCGCUAUGCUGUUGUGAACCCAAAUGUUGAGUCUGGUGUUUCACGGCCGUCUCACCUUAGAGGAGAAGCGGUACCGGACAGAUUUCCUGUGCUAGGAAGUAACCCUUUAAGAGAAACUGCACUGGAAGUUGGAAAAGGAUCUGAUUUAAAUAUUUCAAGCCUUUCAAAAUCAGGGUCACCCAGGAAGCCACCUCACCCAGUCAUGGACUUUUUCGGCCCACAUUUUUUAGGUGAUUCUUCCUCACCAGCCUCUAUCUCUACUCGGACAGAUGCCCAUGAAAUAAUUGUGGGUGAUCAUCUUGUCUCUGAGGAAAAUUUUCAGAAGUUGGAGAAUGUGCUUGACAUCUGGAGCUCAGGUCUUAAGACGAACAUUUUAUCUGAACUAAGUAAGUGGAGACUUAAUUUUAUUGACUGGCACCGAAUGGAGAUGAAAAAGGAAAGGGAAAAGCACGCGGUGACAGUGAAGCAGCUGUCGAGCCAGAUCGCUGACUUGAAGGAGCUGCAGAAAGCCUUCGAGAUUUCCAUCGGAAGAAAGGAUGAGGUGAUUUCCAGCUUGUCUCGUGCCAUCGGCAAGCAGAAGGAAAGGAUAGAGUUAAUGAAAAGCUUCUUCCGCUGGAGAAUCGGCCAUGUCAAAUCCAGACAGGAAAGUUAUGAGGGGAAACUGGCUGACCAGUACUUUGAGAGAACUUUGCUGAAGAAAGUCUGGAAGGGCUGGCGCUCCGUGGUACAGAGGCAGUGGAAAGAUGUGGUGGAACGGGCGUGCCAAGCGAGGGCUGAAGAAGUGUGUGUGCAGAUCUCCAACGAUUAUGAAGCCAAACUUGCUAUGUUAUCUUUAGCUUUGGAAAAUGCAAAAGCUGAGAUUCAAAGAAUGCAUCAAGAAAAAGACCAUUUCGAAGACUCCAUGAAGAAAGCAUUCAUGAGGGGAGUGUGUGCAUUAAAUCUGGAAGCCAUGACCAUAUUUCAGAACAAAAAUGACGCAGGGAUAGACUUCACAAAUAAUAAAAAGGAAGAGAGUGGCCCUGGUGGUCCAGGAAGAGAACCUUCUGCUCACUUGGAUACUUCUUCGUCCACAAUGCCAUCAGCAGUUCCGUUACAGCUGCUGCCGUCUGCAACAUUAGCAGCAGGAGUAGCCAGCGCCACUGCCAUUCCCUCCACUGCUUCCCUGACCUCUGCCGGAGCUACAUCUGCCUCUUCCGGUCACGUUCCCAUCUCUGUUCUCAGUGCCGGAUCUGCAGCCACGGCUGCCCCAGAAGACACGUUUGCACCAAGAGUUGUGACUGCAGCGCAGCAGAAAGCUGGGAAGACAAUUACAGCCCGGAUCACAGGACGCUGUGAUUUUGGUUCCAAAACUAGAAUCAACAGCAGCUUGGCUAUCAUGGGAGUUUCUCCUCCCAUGAGCUCGGUCGUCGUGGAGAAACAUCACCCAGUCACAGUGCAAACCAUUCCUCAGGCGACCGCUGCCAAGUACCCACGGGCCAUCCACCCUGAAAGUGGCUUCCCAGCCUCUAGGUCUGUCGGAGCCAGGCCAGCCCACGCCCAGUCCCUCUCAAACGUUCAGUCGAUAAAAGUGGUUGACUAGAGGGACUGUGUUCACUCAGCUUUCAUUCCUCUGAUGAGGACUUUCCUGGGAGCAGCAAGUAUUUUGGAUUUGACCUUUCUGUACUGUCAGAACAUCAUGGACACAUUGUGUCCAUCUUUUCAGAAUUACAAGAGACUUCCCCAUCCUUUGUAACCAUAUGUAUAGAUUAUGUUAACAUUAUUUUUAUUUAAACAAUUAAGUAGAACUUUUAAUUAAAACAAAACAACCCAUGACUCUGAACAUGC